AUGGAUUGGGAAGCCCCAGUCUUAUUUCAUGCUACGGCUUUAUAUCAGCUGGCUGCUUUCCCUUUUGCCAUUUUGUUUCAAUAUCUGUGCACCUUCAGGUAUCUAUCUAUACAUGCAAGAUACACUUUCCUCCUGAUAGGAGGUAUCCUCCUGGCCUGUGCUGCUAUGGGGUGUUAUGCCCUGCUGAUAUUCAUAUCUGUCUUCUGCACCGUCACUAUAAUAUGUGUAGCCAGCCCACAGCAAGUCCACAAAUGGGUAUUCUUCUUUCAGAUGACCUGGCAGACACUGUGCCACCUUGGGCUACAGUAUAAAGAAUAUUAUCUACAGGAAGAUGCAUGUGUCGGAUUUUCCAUCACCGUUUCUGCCCUCAUGCUGAUGACACAGAAGGUCACCUCACUGGCUUUGGAUAUCCAUGAAAGAAAAGUGAGGAUGGGGUUGCCGAGUGACGGGAGGAGGAGCCUCUGGCGCCAUCUGCUCCAGGCCCUGCCAUUUUGUGCUUAUCUGCUGUCUUUUCCUACCUUGCUGGGAGGGCCCCUGUGCUCUUUCUACAGAUUCCAGGCAUGGCUAAAGCGCACCAGUUCUCCAUCUCCUGCAAGCCCCCUUUGGACUGCCACACAAAAAGCCUUAGGUGCUCUGAUGGUGGGCUUCUUGAAACCUAUUGUGAGGGUAUGCCUUUGCCCUCAGGACGAUCUGUUUACUUGCACUCACUCUGGCUGCAUUUAUGUGGUGUGGACUUCAGCCCUGCUCUUCAGGCUGACUUAUUACUCUCACUGGAUGCUGGAUGAGUCGCUCUUCCUUGCAGCUGGUUUGGGGCUGGCGCUUGGUCACGGUCAAUAUGAAGGAGCUGCUGAUGUCCUCCUGGACACAGACAUUUGGACACUGGAAACAACUCACCGGCUUGCUGUCUUCACCCGGUCAUGGAACAAGAGUACGGCUCAGUGGCUGAGAAGGCUCAUAUUCCAACGGAGCAGUUUCCACCCACUGCUGGCCACCUUUGCUUUCUCCGCUUGGUGGCAUGGCCUCUAUCCAGGCCAAGUUUUUGGUUUCCUGUGCUGGGCUGUGGGGGUGGAAGCCGACUACCGUAUUCACCACUUUUUUAGUUCCACUGUGAAGUCUCCAUCUCAGAGACUGCUGUAUCAAACCCUGACGUGGUGCCAUACCCAGCUAAUUAUGGCAUACAUUAUGAUUGCUAUUGAAAUGAGGAGUCUCUGCAUGGUCUGCUGUCUGUCCUCUUCGUACAAUAGCUUCUUCCCACUAGUCUAUGCCCUUUCACUCCUACUGUUAAAGAAGAAAGAGAGAGAGAGAAGAGAAAGAGAAAAGUGAGCAUUGCACACCUUCUAUCCAUAGGAACAUCACAGUACCCUGUUAUGAAUCACUGACAAG